AUGGAGGCGGAAAAUGACGAAACCGAGUGUUAUGUUGAUUUCUCGAGGUUGCAGUUAGAGGAGUUUCCCGAUCAUCUCUCAGAGAAGCGGUCGUCUAACGUACGCAGUAUGGUACUUUCACAUAAUCGAAUAACAGUCCUCCCGAGAGUCAUAGGAAGCUUUGAAAGUCUGAUCGAACUGGACAUGAGCUCUAAUCGUUUAAAAUAUAUCUCAGACGAGAUUGUACGGCUUCCGAAAUUGAAGGUUCUUGUGGCAAAAAACAAUUUACUUGACCUUGAGUCACUACCGAAAAACAUUGGCAUGUGCCCGCAGUUAGAAGUUGUCAAUUUUAGUGGGAAUUUGUUGGUUGAUUUUCCAGUAGAACUGACUGAAUUACAGACCUUGAAAUGCGUGUACCUCGGCGGAAAUAGAAUAAGGACGUUGCCUCCCGAGUUACACAAGUUACAAAGAUUGGAAAUACUGUAUUUGGGAGGAAACCAACUAACUGAAAUUCCUGCUGAAAUCGGAAGUCUAAACAGCCUGAUUUCUCUUGUGUUAUGUGAUAAUAAAAUUCAACAGCUUCCAUCGGAUUUUGUGAAAUUAACAAACUUAGAAUCACUGAGUCUGCAUAACAAUUCACUCACAACUUUACCCACGCAAAUUGUGAAGUUGAAAAACCUUGCUGAAUUAAGUCUUCGUGGAAACCCAUUAGUAAUGCGGUUCUGUCGUGAUCUGACGUACCAGCCACCAUCGCUACUUGAACUUUCUGGCCGAGCUAUUAAGUCUAACAAUGUGCCUUACAAUAAUGCUGAUUUACCCAGAGAUCUUGUUCACUACCUUGGUUCUGCCUGUAAAUGUGUCAAUCCCAAUUGUAAAGGAGUUUAUUUUGAAUCAAGAGUUGAGCAUGUGAAGUUUGUUGAUUUCUGCGGUAAAUAUCGUCUACCAUUGCUGCAGUAUCUUUGUUCACCACAGUGUGCAACUCCUGGAUCAUGCAGUAGUAGUGAAUCAGAAUUAUCAGAAGACGAGUCAGGUGUACCGACCUCAAAAAUUAAGAAAGUUUUACUUGGUUGAGAUUUACUGGAAUCAAAUGAAAUGAAUGCAGAAUCUAGUCAAAAAUAUUACUUUCUACUUCACACGAAAUAUUUUCGUUUUCGUCAUCUUACAAACUAUCCUGUAUGACGAGCUGAGCUGCAUUCGUGCACACACACAACAUUAAUAUUUAUUAAUAGUUCAUUUACACCAGCGGUACUCACUAACAAUAAAAAACUCCACCAGCUGCUAUUCACUAGUCUGACAUUAUUCCUGUUUUAAUCAUGCAUAUUAUAGCAGUUUUGAUACACUGCAUUGUAAAUACAGUCUUGUUUAUACUGCUUUUUACUGUUCACAAAUAAGAAAUCUUGCCCAAGAAAGCUAAGCAUACUUGUAGGUUGUAAUUACGUCUCCAAUUAAUUAACUGAUUAACAAAUAUUCUCAAAUGAUAUAAACAAAUAAUAGUAUAUUGUAAAUAUGUCUAGUACCCAACAUUUCUAAAGCUGUCGGAUAUGUUUCGAGAGACAUGCAAAAAUUGUGAUAAAUAUUUUUGGGAUGGGUGUAUUUUAAUCGGACAAUUGAUGUUGGGUGUAUAUUCUGAAAUAGAUUCAUAGUACGAAUGUGCGUCCAAUUUGCAAAUAUUUUUUAGAAGG